UCCACGUGGACCGCACAUGCGUCUUGUCGAUGCUCCAAGACAUGAAGCCCUGGGUUCAGAAGCCCUGGGUUCAGAGCAUGGCAAGAAGAUGCUGAAACUGGCGAUUGAGUGCGUGCUGAGAAACUCAAAGGGAAUUAUACCAUCAUCACCAUCAUCACCAUCAUUGAUAAGAUGUAUGAUGCGGAAGGAUUUGUGCACCAGAACCCAUACAGAGGCCACAACGGAGAGGGCGGAAUGCGUGGUAAUAGGGGCCGGUGUGGUGGGACUAGCAGUGGCCAGAGAGCUUACUCUCAGAGGCAGAGAAGUACUGGUUCUCGAUUCGGCCCCCACCUUCGGCACCGGCACUAGCUCUCGCAACAGCGAAGUCAUCCACGCCGGCAUCUACUAUCAUCCUCAUUCUCUCAAGGCUAUUCUUUGUGUAAGAGGAAGAGAAAUGCUGUACAAGUACUGCUCUGAACAUGAUAUUCCUCAUAAACAAAUUGGUAAGCUCAUAGUUGCUACUGGAACCUCAGAGAUUCCGAAGUUGAAUGAUUUAAUGAAUCAUGGAAUUCGAAAUGGGGUUGAUGGGUUGAGGAUGAUCGAGGGUUCUGAAGCCAAGAGAAUGGAACCUGAGCUGCAAUGUGUGAAAGCCUUACUAUCACCUGUUUCUGGGGUUGUUGAUACUCAUUCCCUAAUGCUAUCUCUAGUGGGGGAAGCUGAAAAUUAUAGAACAACCUUCUCCUACAAUACUACCGUCAUUGGUGCCCAUAUUGAAGGAAAUAACUUUUGCCUCCAUGUAUCUGAAACUAAACAUCUUGAGAACUGGAAUGGGAGGUCUCUCUUGCACCCAGAGCUGAUACUCAUUCCUGACCUUGUUGUGAACUCUACAGGCUUGAGUGCCCCUGCCCUUGCAAAGAGAUUUGAUGGCCUGCAUAGUGGAGUUAUUCCCAGUGCAUAUUAUGCACGUGGUUGCUAUUUCACAUUAUCUAAUACUAGAAUCCCUCCUUUCAAUCAUUUGAUAUACCCAAUACCAGAAGAUGGCGGUCUUGGAGUGCAUGUUACUCUGGAUUUGGAUGGCCAAGUCAAGUUUGGCCCAGAUGUUGAAUGGAUUGAAGGUAUAGACGAUAUUUCAGGCUUUCUGAACAGGAUUGACUAUUCAGUAUGUCCUAAUCGUGCCAAGCGAUUUUAUCCAGAGAUAAGAAAGUACUACCCAAAUCUGAAAGAUGGAUCUCUAGUCCCAGGAUAUGCAGGGGUCCGCCCUAAAAUUUCAGGACCUCGGCACUCUCCUGUUGAUUUUCUAAUACAGGGUGAAGAAAUUCAUGGGAUACCUGGUCUUGUUAACCUUUUCGGAAUUGAGUCACCCGGUUUAACUUCAAGCUUGGCAAUUGCAGAACAUAUAGCUGUUAGAUUCUUGAGAUGAUGGCAUAUAUAAGCUACCAGUUACUUGAUAAUAUAGAAAACCAGUCUGGAUUUUAUAUAUUUGAACAAAAAGAUCUGAUCAUGCACCUUACUCUGACAAUGAAGUCUUCAGAGCAGAUGAUUGUCUCUAUCCCUUCCCCUUUGGUGUCAAAAACUAUCCAAUCUGUUACACAAUCUUCUUCUUUUUUCCUUCAAGGUGAUGGGCCCCAGAGUUUCUACUAGGUUUCGGAAUUGACAAAUGACAAGGUUCAGAGUUUCCAACUAAAGCAUGAUGUACAACAUUGUAGAAUAAGCAAACUGUAGAUUCAGUACCACUAUACUCUUAUAUUAGCUUUUAGAUUAUAUGCAGUGUUAAUAAGAUCUUUGUUGCAUACAGAUUUGACAAGAACUUCAUUGCGAGUCUCCAUUGUUGGACUUUUACCUUUCACUUUUAACUAUAUUUUCUUGUUUUUAGGUUGGAUUAAAGCUGUGUUAAGCUUAAGUUCAAGUUAUUUUCAUUUUUUC